AUGGACAAAGUUAUAGUAGUAUGUCGAGGUCCGAUUAUGAUAUGGUUAACAUUAAUAGACAAUUGUACAUCUGCUGGAUCGAGUUCUACUGCUUGUCGUAAUAACCUUUGUGAAAAUGGUUCAUCAUGUGAAUCAGUGCCAGGUGGUGGUUAUCGAUGUAUUUGUCGUUCAGGUUUUACAGGAAUGUUUUGUGCGUAUCCAAUAGCAGGUUGA